AUGUCUCUAGAGUUACCAAAGAGGAUUUUUAAGGAAGGCGAGGAGCCCCAAGUGACUCAGAUCAAUAACAACUGCAAGAUUGAAUAUAUUAUGCGAAAGUUCACUGAGUGGAUGCCAAAGGAGUUGGCAGUUGUGAAGAAAGAUCCGGUUUUCUCUCAGAUCUUUAAGCUCCAUAAGAAUGGUCUUAGGUUCUCCGCGAGAGUGGUACACAGCUUCUUGUGUAGGGAGCUGGAGUUCGAAGAGUGGAAAUAUGACGGUGGUUUCUGGAGCAAUGUGUUGAGGAGAAAAGAUGGAACAGUUACACUCUUCAACCUGUGGAAUAAGGACAAGGAAGCUGUUAAGAAGUGGAAGAAUGCAGAUCGCAUACGACUGAUCUAUCUGGCCAUCAUUCUUUGUGUGGUUUUAGCGAGUGAUGAGAAGGCUAAUAUCCCCCUCAAAUACAUCAAGGUGGUCAUGGAUCUUGAGAAGGUUCAAAAGUAUCCUUGGGGAGUUGCUGCUUAUGACCUUCUCUACAACUCAAUAACCAAAACUCGUGACAACCUGAAGGAUAUAACUACUAGUUAUGUGUUGGAUGGAUUCUCGUACGCCUUCCAGAUUGGGGCAAUGGAAGCUGUACCAAAGAUUGGGAAGCUUUGUGGAAAAAAACUUGACAAAGGUUUCACGAACGGUCCUAGAUGCAUAAACUGGAUGGGAGCUGGAAAGGUGUCAUAUGAGGAGAUCAUUCGUGACCAUAUUUGGGAAAUCGAAGAAGCUCCAGAGGUUUGUUCAGAUCUUCAUGACGAAGCACCUGUGAAUGAUGAAUCGGCUGUGAAUGAUGAAGCGGCUGAGAGUGGUGAAGACUACCAUACUCCAAAAGGAUCAAAGAACCUAGGCGCUACAUCAAGAAGGGGUAAGAAGAGGCUUCCGGAUCGUGGUAUGGAAAAAAGGAAGCAUAAGGUUCUCUGUACUGGACCUAAGCAAGCGCCUUUAAAUGAAGACAUGAAGGCUUUUGUGGCACAGUUGUUUGAGCAGAGUUUCUCUGGAAUGGAACAGCGGCUACAAAAACAGAUGGCUGAGACAUUUGAGCAAAUGAGGACAGAGCUUAAAGAUUCGCGGAAGGAAGCAAGCGUUGACGUUGAGCUUAGAGAGCCUUCACCGAAGAAGCCUUCACCGAAGAAGCCGUCACCGAAGAAGCCUUCAACGAGCCAGCCACCAUUGAGGAGGUCCACACGUGGGGAAGCAUCACAGAGUUCAUUUGACGUGAAUUUUAGCCAAGCAGAUGAUUUCAUUCCCGGGAUAGGAAUGCAAGGCAUUGAAGGUCUUUCUCAGACCUCGUAUGUGCCCGACUUUGAUCCAUCUCAGACCAAGAAGGGAGAUGAGUGGUGGACUCCAAGGACUUCAGUCCGAGAUUCAAUAGCUCCACUGCCGUCACAUUGGGAAAAAUGGAAUAAAGGAAAAGGACUUCAGCUUACUGAUUCACCAUUGCGCACAUAUGGUUCUCCGCAGUCAUCACUGUAUUAUUGCUCCGAAGAAUCAUGGCUAGGAUUCACAGAAUGGGUUAAGAAACCAACACCUUUACCACUUGGUCCGUCAAUCUUAAAUUUGUCUAUAGCUACAAGGAUAGUAAGUCCUGGAAAAUGGCUUGGCAACGAGGAAAUGGAUGCAGUUAUGUUUAUAUGGCGAGUCAACACAACUUUCCAGCGUUGGGCUCCAAGCCGUGUUGCUUUCAUGAAAGCUAUGUUCUGCCUCCAAAUCCACGCUGCAUACAACAAGUUCCUUGCUAACAAAAAAGCCUAUGAAUUGCCUGAUUUUCUUCUUGGCUAUGGCAGAGGAGAGAUUCCAUCUCAUGGGCGGACUGAUCAAGUUUGGGGUGUCGAUGUUGAUCGUCUCUACUUUCCUUUGUUUGUAAAUGGUAAUCACUUGGUUGCUGUCUGCGUCAACAUUAAUGAAAAAAAGGUGGAAGUCUUUGACUGCGGUGGGGGAAAGAAUAGACAGUACAUCGAGAAGUUUUCUGCUAUGAUUCCUAGGAUAGUGAAGGCCGUUGCACCACCUAAAAGACAGAAGCAGCUACUCCUCGCAUCAUAUUCUAUCGUGGAUGUACCUAUGAAGACGAGAUUGAACAAGUCUUGUUGUGACUGCAGUGCAUACGCACUCAAGCACUUGGAAUGCAAUCUGCUUGGUAUCGACCUCAGUUUAUUGGAUGAUGAAAUAAUCAUGGGUUGCAGACAGAAGAUUGGUGUGGACUUAUGGGAGGCUGCAAACGAUCCCAUUUACGCUGAGGCAAUGACACGAUAUGUGCUUUCACCGUGGGAGAGAGAAGAGGUCUUUGACCUCGAAGAUUGA